AUGGCUUUUCCUUUCCUCAAGUCCAUCGAGGACUGCGGCGACUAUGCAAAGACUGUCGAGCCCUUCAUACCCCAGCUCUAUGCCCUGCCGGGACAGAUCGUCGACAACAUUGCCGACCCCUCCGGGUUGAGGCAGCUGUAUAUCGAUACAAAUCCUCUCAUCUCGGCUUUUGCAGCUUCUAUUGCUCUUGGCUUCGUCUUCCUCGUCGUGUCUGAGAUCAACCGAAACUACUCCCAGGUCGAUCGCAUGUGGAGUCUGCUUCCCAAUCUUUACAUUGUUCAUCUGGCGGUCUGGGCUCGUCUUGCUGGUGUACCAUCCUCGAGAAUUGACCUUGUGGCGGCUGCUACAACUGUUUGGAGCUGUCGUUUAACAUAUAAUUACUGGCGUAAAGGCGGUUACAACGUUGGAUCUGAGGAUUACCGAUGGGCGAUCCUCCAGAAAUACGUUCCCAAAUUCGUUUUCUUCAUCUUCAACGUCACAUUCAUAUCAUUCAUUCAGAGCGUUCUUCUCUUUGCUUUCUCUUGCGUUCCUGCAUACGCCAUUUUGCUCUCCACAAAGUUUGAGCCUGAUAUCACAACGGCUGAUGUCGCCUACUUUGUCGUGGAGAUUGCUCUUGUUUUCAGCGAGUGGGUGAGCGACGGCCAACAAUGGGAUUACCACCAGGCCAAGCACCAGUACCAAAAGGAUGCGAAGGUACCCAGGAACUACAACUAUACUCAGGCUCAACUUGAUCGCGGCUUCAACACCUCGGGACUUUGGGCUUACAGCAGACAUCCCAACUUUGCCGCCGAGCAGCUGGUCUGGUUUGUGUUGUACCAGUGGAGCUGCUUUGCCACCAACAACCUAUACAGCUAUACCUUUGCUGGCUCCGGGGCUCUGAUUCUUCUGUUCCAGGGAUCGACGUGGCUUACUGAGCGUAUCACUGCCGGCAAGUACUAUGAGUAUUCGCAGUACCAGAAGCAUGUUGGCAUGUUCAUGCCCACCUCGUUCCGACCAUACAAGACGCCUGUUCAGCAGCCCAAGGUCAUCCGAACUAGCGAGAUCGCAAAGCGGAUGGAGAACAAGAAGCAAAAGUAA